ACACGUCAUUGAGAAAGACAAUCUUUCAACGGGCUCUUUCACGCUUCGGCACAAUGGCAAGGCUUUGAACCGCUUGUAUCCUCCUCGGUUCCUCUAUUAUUUCUAAAGCAUAAAAAGAAGACGAUGAACCGCUGGUGGUAUCAGACAACGACAGCUUUGUUGCGCCUGUUCCUGCUGGUUUCCCAGUGCCAAGCAUGGAGCAAAAGUGCCCCGAACAUUGUCAUUGUUGGCGGUGGACCCUGUGGUCUCUUUUUGGCAGCGACCUUGUUGAAACAAAACCAAGAACUGGGCAAGAAUUACAACAUUCAUGUCUUGGAGAAGCAAGCUCGUCAAGGCCAACCCGUCAAUGCCUUUGGGAUGGGAUUGAGUCCUCGCAUGGUCAAGACGUUGGAAGCAUUGGAUCCGGAAUUGAGUGACCGUGUCUUGUCGGUGGGACAACUGACCGAUAUUGGCGGACAGCAUCAAAAGCAAUAUCCUGGAUUUGAAUUCCGCAUUGCGCAACGACAAGAUAUUUGUCAGCAAAUGGUGGGGUAUAUCGAGGACACUUUUGCCAGUGAGGUGAAAGAGGGACGAUUCCAGAUAUCGUACGAUGAAGGAUGCGAGAGUGUCGACUUUGAGGAGAAAACCGUUACGACCAGUCAAGGAAGGAACAUUCACUAUGAUCUUUUGGUGGCCGCGGAUGGAAUCAACUCGAAAAUUCGACAACAACUCGUCGCCAACGACGACAGCAAUGACUGGACCGUGGAGCAGUAUUACAACAAGUUUCGAGCUUGGAAAGCAUUGGAGUUGCCACCUCAGUCCUUUUUGGUUCCAGGCACUUUUCAACGAUUUAUGCAUCCCUCCUUUUUUUGUCAGAUAUUGCCACGCUAUCCCGAAGGUCAUAUUGGAUUGAUGUUCUAUGCGGCUCCCGAGAUGGACAAUGGUGACGACAAGCGCAAUCCCGUAGGAAUCAACACGGCCGAAGAGUUGAAACAAGCCAUGACACAAACGCUUCUCGAGACAACUGUGGACGAAGGGAAAAGUGAAACCAAGAGGAGACUGGACCCUCUGAAAGGAUUCCGAAAAAUCAUGGGAAUGAAGGGCGAAAAGGAUCGUAGUGGCCUGCUGGUGGAAAAAGACGAAGAGCGCCAAGUGGUGUUCAAUGAUGAGGCAUUGGAACAUUUUGUGCAGUCACGUCCAGGAAGAAGCCAAGUCAUGAAGAUCAAUCGGUAUCAUGAUAGCAAAGCCUCUGUCGCGCUCAUUGGCGAUGCAGCACAUGGCAUGUACUCUUUGUUGGGACAAGGAUGCGCUUGUGGGCUACAAAACACCAAGAUACUUGGUGAAACGCUGCAACAACAAUCCUCUGAUCUGGCCAGUGCCUUGGAAGCCUAUUCCGAACAAGCUGUACCGGAAGGACAUGCCAUUACGGAUUUGAACCUGGUCAGUCAUGCCUUUGCAUCCAAAAAGAAGCUCAAAUUCUUGCCUUCCAUGAUCUGGAACAAUCUGCGUGGCAAAGGACUGAUGCAAAACGUUGGCAGGCAUGAUAUCCCCUAUACCAAGCUCUUGAAGCAAAACCGGGCCAUCGUCAAAGUUGCCAAGGAAGAAUGGGGAAACGCCCGUAUACCAGUGCCAGUAUCGCCCAAAGUACCCCCGGCGACCAACUCCAAGGUCUUGUCUUGAUGACAAUGACGGCAGCCAACAAUCAUUGCUCCCAGAUGAGGCGCUUCAGUGAGCAGUUCUUACAAAGAAAGAAUAGACGAUGUUUUUUUUGUUCUAGCUGGGUUGUUGAUAGCUCUGUUUGUAUGUUUGUACGGUUGUAUGCAAAUAUAUACUAUAAAAGAUUGGAUGCCAAUCUUAAAGGUAACUCAAAAU